UUCAUCGAACAACGUUCUGCUUGAUAUCUCGAGUUUCUCGUGUCACCGUCUUCAGCCUACCAUUUCUUUUUUCUCGCCCCUAAACCGUGUUCACACCUUUCGCACAUGUUUUUCAGUCUCCAUAUCUAUCUGUAUCCAUAUGUGUAUGAUACUUUGGCUCAACUUUUCAAACUCUCAGUCUGUACCGUGACAAAUUUGUCUAAUGUGUUCACAUUUCCAUUCACACAUUCCGUCAGAUAAAUUAAGUGCACCAAGUAUAUGAAGCUUGUAUCGUACCCAGAAAAACACAAUUACUCCACCUUGUAGUGUUGCAAGAAACCCAUAUCGAAAUGAAUGAAAACAAGCAGAAAAGGCGAAGGAAAAGGGAGAAUGCAAGCAUUAAUGACGAAGAAACUGGUGAAAAUCAGGGUGAGGUGAAGACGAAAGAUUUGAAGGAGAUCUUAACCUCAUUGAUUUUGCUUGAGGGUCAAGAAAAGAACGAGCAAGAAGAGUUCGCCAAGGCGAAUAGGGAAGAAAGGAUUCAAUUCGAGGAAAAUCAGAAGAAAAAAACACGCACAAUGAUGGAUUAUUACUCGAAAUUUCAAGAAAGUCAUAAAGACUUGGAUCAAAUUGAUGGGGUUAGAAGAAGAAAAACUCGCGCUAAGGCUCUCACCGUUGCAAUUGGUGCAAUAACAAUGGAGAAUUCAGUUUCAAUUUCUGAUGAGAAUAGUAAAGAUAAUCGGAGUAAUACAGCAGCCAGGGCCGGGGCUGGUCCCGGCCGGCGGCUGUGGGUUAAGAAUAGGUCGACGGAUUGGUGGGAUCAAUGCAACAGUCCUGAAUUCCCUGAAGAGGAAUUCAAAAGGGCAUUUAGAAUGGGGAAAGGUACAUUUGAAAUGAUAUGUAAUGAAUUGACUUCUGUUGUGGCAAAGGAGAAUACUAUGUUGAGGGAUGCAGUUCCUGUUAAGCAAAGAGUGGCUGUAUGUAUAUGGAGAUUGGCCACAGGGGAGCCUCUUAGGCUCGUUUCGAAGCGAUUUGGAUUGGGAAUUUCGACUUGCCAUAAGCUCGUGCUCGAGGUUUGUUCUGCGAUAAGGAAAGUUUUGAUGCCCAAGUAUUUGCAAUGGCCUGAUGAGGAGAAUGUGAGGAGGAUUAAGGACGAGUUUGAGGCCAUUUCCGGGAUACCUAAUGUGGUUGGAUCAAUGUAUACGACUCAUAUACCGAUCAUUGCCCCUAAGAUUAGUGUGGCUGCAUAUUUUAACAAGAAGCAUACUGAGAGAAAUCAGAAGACUUCAUAUUCGAUUACUGUUCAAGGUGUUGUUGAUCCAAGGGGAAUGUUUACAGACAUGUGCAUUGGUUGGCCGGGAUCAAUGCCCGAUGAUCAAGUUUUGGAGAAAUCCGCGCUUAACCAGAGGGCGAAUGCAGGGCUCUUGAAGGGUGUUUGGAUUGUUGGGAGCUCUGGAUACCCUUUAAUGGAUUGGAUAUUGGUGCCUUAUUCGCAGCAGCAUUUGACGUGGACGCAGCAUGCUUUCAACGAGAAGAUCGGGGAGAUUCAGAGGAUCGCUAAGGAUGCGUUUGCGAGAGUGAAAGGGAGAUGGGGUUGUUUGCAGAAAAGGACUGAAGUGAAACUUCAGGACUUGCCAGUGAUUCUUGGAGCUUGUUGUGUUCUGCAUAAUAUAUGCGAAUUGAGGAACGAAGAAAUGGAGCCGAAUAUUAACUUUGAGCUUGUGGAUGAUGAAAUGGUCCCGGAGAUUGGUUUGAGAUCAGCUAAUGCGAUGAAAGCUAGGGAUACAAUUGCUCAUAAUCUUUUGCAUCAUAACCAUGCGGGAACAUCGUUUCUAUCAUAGGAAAAUUUCAUAUCUUUCUGCAAGCGUAGUAUUGAACAAAAUUAGACGAUGAAGAAGGAUUUAGGUAGACGACCGUAUAUUUUAUGGGGAAUAAUGUUUAAUUGUUGUUUUUGUUGAAUGAAAAAUAUUACAUCUGGAAAUGUUUUGUGGCUUUGUCCCAUUGUCGCAAUCUCUGAGGGGGGCUAAAAGCAAGUGUAUUUUUUUUUAUUUUUUUUUUUUGUGCCUUUGAGAAAAUUAAUGACUGUUGUCUUGUAGGAUGGAGGAGUCAUACCAUAGAAAUCAAAGACGCAUGUGGGCGAACUUUAUUAAUUAAAA